GCCCCCCUGGGCACCAUGGCCCAUCGGCUUCGGUUUCAUUUUGGCUCCAGUCGCAGCAACACAGCCCCUGAAUCGGAGAUCCUCGACCAGGAGAGAGAAGACGACUUUUUCAUGGCAUUCCACACCCUGCCGCGGAGGAGCGGCGCUCACCCCUGCGCCCACCGCGCGGAAGACGGAGGCCUGCAGGAGGCGGUGGGCGCGCUCAAGCGCAGCACAUCCAUGUUCAUCCCGCAGCUCCUGAGCCCCACGGAGGCGCGGCCCACGCGCAGCUCCUCCAUGCAGAUCUCGCUGCAGCGCAAAGCGGCCGACGGGGCGCCGGACACCUGCGGGCCACCCGAGGGUCUGGACUGCGACGCCGGGUCUGUGUCUCUGGGCCGCUGUGCGGAGCCCCCCAAGUCCCAGACCCCAGAGAACUCUCCACCCAGAGCCACCCGGGGUUUAGGCCCCCAAGUUAACGGCCUGUGUGGCCACCUAGCACGGAGUCCUGUCCCUGCGGAUGGCCACGAGGAGGCCGAGCCUCGGGGACCGAAGGGCAGCGGGCUCCGGAUCCAGCACCGGGCCUCCAGCGCCGACGUGCGCCAGGUGAGGCUGACGCCGCCCUUCGGGGCCGAUGGCCUGUGCGGCCCUUCGACUCCGGAGCCCAGGCGCUGGUCCCUGCAGCACGUACCAGAUGCUUCUGGAGGUUCUGGGAAGCGGUGCUUUGUCUUCCAGCUGCAGCAGCCACCACCAGGCACACAGGGGAUGGGUGGUGACUUCAACUUUGGGUUCACGGGCACGAAGGGGGACCGGUUGGUGCGGUACCCCCGCAUCCGGCUUGAGAGGAGCACCUCGUACCCCACACAGCCCCGAGCAGAGCACAGCAGCCCCGUGGAAGAGCGGGGUCACCUGGAGGCGCCGCCCCGGGGCCGCAGGAUGGCUCCCGAAAUCCACAGGACGAAUUCCGUGGAAAGGACGCCACAGGGUCAGGGCUGCACGUUUAAGAUCAGACAGGAUCAAAAUGCGGGGCAGCAGCAUUUCAGAAUUCUUGUGACUCGCGGACCUGAGGAAUCUCAUGAGGAUCCCAAGGAGAGUACCGCCACCAACCCUGGCUCUACCUUGGCUGGAGCGCCGACACGAGACGACUUCCUGGGACAGGUUGACGUGCCCCUUAAUCAUCUGCCGACAGAAGACCCAACCAUGGAGCGACCCUACACGUUUAAGGACUUUCUCCUCAGACCAAGAAGUCAUAAAUCUCGAGUUAAGGGAUUCUUGCGAUUGAAAAUGGCCUAUAUGCCAAAAAACGGAGGCCAGGAUGAAGAAAACAGUGAGCAGAGGGAAGAUAUGGAGCACGGGUGGGAAGUCGUGGACUCGAAUGACUCGGCUUCUCAGCAUCAGGAGGAACUUCCUCCUCCUCUGCCCCCUGGCUGGGAAGAGAAAGUGGACAAUUUAGGUCGGACUUACUACGUCAACCACAACAACCGGACCACUCAGUGGCACCGACCGACCCUGAUGGAUAUAUCCUCCGAGGCGGAGAGCAACAUCCGGCAGAUCAACCAGGAGGCUGCCCACCGGCGCUUCCGCUCCCGCAGGCACAUCAGCGAGGACCUGGAGCCUGAGUCCUCCGAGGGUGGAGAGGGCCCUGAGCCUUGGGAGACCAUUUCAGAAGAAGCGGCUAUCGCUGGAGACUCCUCCCUCAGUCUGGCGCUGCCCCCACCACCCUCUUCCCCAUCCUCUCGGACCAGCCCUCAAGAGCUGUCCGAAGAACUGAGCAGAAGGCUUCAGAUCACUCCAGACUCCAAUGGGGAGCAGUUUAGUUCUUUAAUUCAGAGGGAGCCCUCCUCAAGACUGAGGUCGUGCAGUGUCACCGAUGCGGUCGCAGAGCAGGCUCAUCUACCACCGCCCAGUGCCCCAACUAGGAGAGCGCGUUCUUCAACUGUCACAGGUGGUGAGGAGCCAACGCCAUCAGUGGCCUACGUGCACACCACGCCGGGCCUACCUUCAGGCUGGGAAGAAAGGAAGGAUGCUAAGGGACGCACAUACUAUGUCAAUCAUAACAAUCGAACCACCACUUGGACUCGGCCUAUCAUGCAGCUUGCAGAAGAUGGUGCACCUGGAUCUGCCACAAACAGUAGCAACCAUCUAAUCGAGCCUCAGAUCCGCCGGCCUCGUAGCCUCAGCUCGCCAACAGUAACUUUAUCUGCCCCACUGGAGGGUGCCAAGGAUUCACCCAUACGUCGGGCUGUGAAAGAUACCCUUUCCAAUCCACAGUCCCCACAGCCAUCACCUUACAACUCCCCCAAACCACAACACAAAGGCACACAGAGCUUCCUGCCACCCGGCUGGGAAAUGAGGAUCGCGCCAAACGGCCGGCCCUUCUUCAUUGACCAUAACACAAAGACUACAACGUGGGAAGAUCCACGUCUGAAAUUCCCAGUACAUUUGCGGUCAAAGGCACCUUUAAACCCCAAUGACCUUGGCCCUCUGCCUCCCGGGUGGGAAGAAAGGAUCCACCUGGAUGGCCGGACAUUUUAUAUUGAUCAUAGCAGCCAGGUGUUAUGUGGAGAGAAUGGUACCAGAGAAUCAGUGCCCUCGUACGAUAGCAAAAUAACUCAGUGGGAAGACCCAAGACUGCAGAAUCCAGCUAUUACUGGCCCGAAGGCGGUUCCUUACUCCAGAGAAUUUAAGCAGAAAUAUGACUACUUUAGGAAGAAAUUAAAGAAACCUGCUGAUAUUCCAAAUAGGUUUGAAAUGAAACUUCACAGAAAUAACAUUUUUGAAGAGUCCUAUCGGAGGAUCAUGUCUGUGAAAAGACCAGAUGUCCUAAAAGCUAGACUGUGGAUUGAAUUUGAAUCAGAGAAAGGCCUUGAUUAUGGGGGUGUGGCCAGAGAAUGGUUCUUCUUAUUGUCCAAAGAGAUGUUCAACCCCUACUAUGGUCUCUUCGAAUACUCUGCAACGGACAACUACACACUUCAGAUCAACCCCAAUUCAGGCCUCUGUAAUGAAGACCAUUUGUCCUAUUUCACUUUUAUUGGAAGAGUGGCUGGUCUGGCAGUAUUUCAUGGGAAACUUUUAGAUGGUUUCUUCAUUAGACCAUUUUACAAAAUGAUGCUGGGAAAGCAGAUAACUCUGAAUGACAUGGAAUCAGUGGAUAGUGAAUACUACAACUCUUUGAAAUGGAUCCUGGAGAAUGACCCCACUGAACUGGACCUCAUGUUCUGUAUCGAUGAAGAAAACUUUGGGCAGACAUAUCAAGUGGAUCUGAAGCCCAAUGGGUCCGAAAUAAUGGUUACAAAUGAAAACAAAAGGGAAUAUAUUGACUUAGUCAUCCAGUGGAGGUUUGUGAACAGGGUCCAGAAGCAAAUGAACGCCUUCUUGGAGGGUUUCACAGAACUGCUUCCUAUCGAUUUGAUUAAAAUUUUUGAUGAAAAUGAGCUGGAGUUGCUGAUGUGCGGCCUCGGCGAUGUGGACGUGAAUGACUGGAGACAGCAUACCAUCUACAAGAACGGCUACUGCCCAAACCACCCUGUCAUUCAGUGGUUCUGGAAGGCUGUGCUGCUGAUGGACGCUGAGAAGCGUAUUCGGUUGCUGCAGUUUGUCACGGGGACGUCCCGAGUACCUAUGAAUGGAUUUGCUGAACUUUAUGGUUCCAAUGGUCCUCAGCUGUUUACAAUAGAGCAAUGGGGGAGUCCUGACAAACUGCCCAGAGCUCACACAUGCUUUAACCGCCUUGACUUACCUCCAUACGAAACCUUCGAAGAUUUACGAGAGAAACUUCUCAUGGCUGUGGAAAACGCUCAAGGAUUUGAGGGAGUGGAUUAAGCGCCCCCUGCCUCGAAUGGUGGUUCGUCCAGCAAGUCCUGCUUGCACUUUUGCGUUUGCCUAACGGACUUUGCAGAGAUGAUGGCAGGGAGCACUGCACAUCAUGGCUCCUGGAGCAGAGCCUUCGCCCAUGACUUGCCCAAGUCCAGAAGUGGGAAGCCAGUCCCAGGUCCCGUUUCUGCAUUUUCCACCGUGAAUUAUCAACUGGUUGAUGUGUACACUAAUUACAUUUCAGGAGGACUUAAUUCUAUUUAUGUUGUGCCUCUGUAGGCAAAGCCCUUAAUAAAUAUUUUGCAUACUUUAUAAUGACAAUGAAUGGAAUUAAUCACUCUACAGGUAUAGUAUUACAACUCAUGUUUACUUUUUGAAAAUGAUUUAGACCGAUUUUUCGAUUUCAUUUCAUUACAAUUAAAGAUGUCUCAUGUACUUGGAAAAGUGAGCAUAUAUUUUUUUUUGUAUUUGACUUGGAUGCCAGGUUUAAUGUCUGUGACAUUUUUACUUUGAAGUACUUUGACACCCUACACUCAACUUUACUAGAACUGGAAGACUGCUUUAUGUCCAAAUCGUUCUUACAGACAAGUACUUUGAGAGCAUUUAAAGUAUAACAUUAGGCAUAAUGAUAAUUUUUUCCAUACUCGGAAUGAAAACAAAGUGGAUAUUAGAUUUUUUUUUUUGUACAAAUUUAGCAUAAUAGCUACAUGCUUGGAGAGUUGUACCAUAACAUGAAAAACUUUGUGGUGACUGGAAGGAAUCACCCCAUUAUUCCCUAGAAGUACUUGUGUUCUUACACAUUUGAGAUGGGGGUGGACAGUCAUUUCUAAUAGGAGAAAUUACUUAACCCUUCCUGAUGCUGUACAUUCUUCUUUUACUAUAUUUCCCUCUUUGCUGUUUGGGGUAGAGACAUUUAUUUGAAUGAAACUCGUCACUGCCUGAUCUGAAACUGGAAACCAGACCUGUCUAAUCUUCUGUUGUAUGUGUUUGCUGAUAACCCCUAAGUCACCAGUUGUUCUGACUGCACCAGUUCCGAAGGCUCUUUCUGUACUACAUGGAGGUCAGACCUGGUUUGGUUUGUGUUCUGUUUUUUGUGGACAUUAAAUCUGAUGAUUAUUUCUUUCCCUGCACACAUCUUUCCAGUGCCAUACCUAUCAACAGUGAAUUUGGCUGCUGGUGUAUAGGAUCUGGCUGUGAGCCCUUGCCAAUUGUUUUCUGAUUUCUGCUCAGAGAUGAGUUUAAUACACACUCGGUUGAGCCAGCUUUGUUCCCUGUGGUGUGUUGCAUGCUGCUUCCGUGCUGUGGGCCGCCUGUGUCUGUCGUGUGCCAGAUAAAAAGGGAGCAGGAGGACUUGCCCCUCUACGGCCAGGCUGUCGAGCUGGCCGGGGGGCAGGAUGAGGAUGUGUGCACAGUGUAAUUCCUGGUGCAGAAUUCUGUUGUGAGAGAUCACCCGAGGCAGUGUGGGAGUUGAGCCCUGCUGGCCUUCUUACUCUGUGUCAUCCUAGAGCCUGUGGUGGUCGCCAGGGAACACUAGAGAGCUUAUCUCCUGCCAGUCAGAAAGAAGACAAAAAUGGUGGCCUUAGGGCUUCUGUUUGUUAUGCAAGAAGGACCUUCUGGUGGAAGAAAUUCUUUUUGGUGGCUUGUGAGAAGCUGUGUGUCGGGGUUGUAAAUGAGCUAAAGUCCACAGUGUCUAAAGAAGGUGGGUUUCUGCCAAGCUGAAGGCUGGCCCCCUUUGCAUAUUGGCUUUAAAAUGCCUAAUAGUGAUCAGAAAACAUAGAUGCUGAUUGGGGUGGGGGGGAGAGGGGGAACCACAGUGUAGCUCAGUAUUUUUAUCUCUUGGAGGGAAUCUACCCCUUUCCCCCUGCCCCCAACAAAUGUCUCAAUGGCAAAACCCCUUCUUACAGCCUCUCCUUGUCCAGGGUCAGGUCUCUCUGUCAGACGUGUGCCAAAGCCUGGUGAGCAGCGUGCUGGGUGGGUUCUGAGAGUGAUCAUGCAACUGGAAGGGGUGAAAUCCAGCAAUUCUGGUCUUCUAUCACUUUUGAAUUAUAUAUUCAAAAUCAGAGUGUUUGUUAAAUGCAAAUUAGACAAAGUAUUAAGAAUAUGAAAGAAAAGUCACUCUAAGGUAACCUGUAUACCAGGAACAGAUGAGAAUUAUCCACCUAUUGCCCCUGUAAAUAUUUCAAUAGCAGUGAUUGUGAAUGACAGUUCAGUUCAUCUAUUCCUUAGUGUCUGAUUUCAAUAACAGCUUCAUCGUGCUGGGUUUGAGAUUCAUUUUUGCUUGUUUGUAAUCCAAAUAAGGUUCCCUAGUUCUCAACAGUACUCAGUGUUCCCUAUCCGUUGAAAGUAGUCAUAUCUCUUGUUUCCUCUAAAUCUUGACCACUCUCUGUCAUCUUCUGGACGUAAUGACAGCAGGCGGUAAAGAAAGCGCGUCAGGCGAGAAGCAGGAUGGGUCAUUUCCAUGGGUCUCCACCCGGUCUGGUCAGCAUUCUAGGUGUCCCCAGCAGUGACCUUACUCCGGAGUCCAGGGUCUCUCUAACCUCUGUUUCCUUAGAAAUUACUUGAAGCCAGGUGUGUGUGUUUUAGUUUCUAGAAGAAGGCACGGUUAUCAUGGGCCGGUUUGCCAUGAGGUUAGGAGGUACGAUUCCCAUUUACAUACUGCAUGUUGAAGGUCUUUGAACAUCUGUUAUCACAACCAUCUGUCUGUUCUGGCUAUUUCUCUUCCUGCCUCUUGUUGACCUGGAGAUCAAUUAGGAAAGGCCUCCCAGGGGGAUUAGCUUCAGGUGCUGAGCUGCCUGGGGAACAGGAAACAAGAGGGCAUUUAUCGGUUUGGAAGUUGUAUUCCGCUUCAGUGCUCUUCUCUCCAGUUCCCCAAACACUUCCAGCCAGGCCUCUGCCAGUUCACAGUGUGAGAUGCUUCUUUGAUUUUUGUUUCCAGGGGCCCUUGGUAGCUAACAUCAAGUAUUCCCUAUGGGUCAGGUGACCAAUGUUAUCAAGAGACCUUGCACGGAUUAUUCCUCCCGCCUUCUGAAAAAUGGUUUGCAAAACAUAUAAAACACUUUCUCCAUCUCACAUUGUUAAAAUAGACAGCAUGUGCUAUUGCUGUUUGAUCUUGCCAGAUCCAAAUUGGCUCCUUUAAAAGCCAAGUUCAUAUGCAACAAAUUACUAAUUGUUCUAACAGUUGCUAAUUGUUGGACACUUGACUAGUAUUUUCCUAAGAUUUGUCUCACAGCUCUGAAAUUUUAAAACCUAUGAAAUGAGCCUGGGUUAAAUAAUUCUCGAUCUCCUGCCCACUGUGCUACCUGUCUUUUCUUUGCCUCUUUCCUCAUCACCCAGAUGGAGGCUGCACCCCUGUGCUGACAGGGAGGGGAGGGAUCUGCAAUCUGGUGUCGUUUUCCACCUUGCCAAUAAGGGGUGCUGCUGUGCAGGGUAACUGCCUGGUCUGCUCCCUUCCUGACCCCAGGAGAUCACUACCUCUCUCGCAUCCAGGCUUUGGGGUACAUCCUGAUAAGUCAAAACUGCCAAUUUCAGGUCUAAGAAGUGUUUUUAAAAAUCCUUAUAGACUCCACUUUGUACUUUAGAUUUUAAAACUGGGAAGAAAAUGUGAUAUACUUUGGACCACUUGUUUUUUUUUAAUUUAUCUAAGCCUUAAUGAACAGUGUAUAUACCCUUGCAUAUGUCUACACACACACACACACACACACACACACACACACACAUACACACACACACACACACACACACGAGAGUUUUCAGUGUGUCAGAAAAUGCUGUAACAUUAGGCUGUGAGCUGUAUAAUGUUUUACAGUAAAGGAGAGCUUUCUGUGUGAACUUUUCCAAGAAAACCUCUCAUCAGACAUCUAUCCAUCUUUAAAGAUGUAACACAUGGCAAUGCAUGUCUAAAACGCAUGUCUUCCUGUUGGUUAGUCUGUCUGUAAGGAGUAACAAUAGGACUCUAAUUACAUUGGCCACAGGCCUCUGUGAAUUGCAUCCUCAGCCUGUAUCCGUGCAUCGCCAGCCUUUCUCGUGACCGUAGCCCUGUGUCUGCAGACCUGUGUUCCCAUAGAAGCCAGUGUCAGCUCCUGCCGAGACUGAUCUCACCUAGCUUGCCAUGGUUCCCUUCGUGUAAUAGUUCUGCGGAACUUUGUUCUUUCUCUACUAUGUAUGUAAAGAAUUUAUAUACAAAUAUACGUGCAUAUGCUGCCCAGAUAUACAUGUAUAUAUUUGUAUAGCAUUUUUACACCUUUCUUGAGCAGUCUGGUUUUGAAAGGGAGUGAGAGCUUAGUUCCUUCUGGUUUUCUCCAAGCUGUACCCUGAGAAUUCUGACCCUUGGAGCCUGAGAGAACCCCCCAAGAUGAUGUUAAUAUGCUGUCAUUUCCUUAAUUCAAGAUCGAUUAUCAUAUGAAACGUGACAAAAACACAGUGACAUUUAAGGUGAAAAGAGUUUCAAGCAUUCCAAAGGAAUUCUCAGUGUUUCAUAACUUUGUCUGAUAAACCCACCACCUGAAAAAGCCAAGUACUAUUUGAUACAGUGAUUAAAUACCAAACUACUUUGACAUUUUUUAAGACAACUUACGGACAAUGCUCAUUUUCACAAUCCGAGUAGCUUUCGAAUAUGGUUGCAUUUGAUACACACAGGAAAACUUUUGUUUAAAGAACAGAAUCCUUUGGGCUUUUCGUUUUACUCGAGCAGUCGAAUGAGAAAUUGUAGAUUGUUUUCCUGACAGCAAAACAGUCAUGUGACAAAGUGAAGUCAUUGUAAAGAAGUGAUGCAACUUGUCAAAUAUUUAAUAAAGAAUUAUGGAAGCUGGAA